ACGCGCCGAACCCCCCUGCCGCCUCCGCGUUCGUUCCCGCGCCCCCAGCCUUCUUCCAUCCCGCCCCGCCGUUCGAGGAAUCGUCCUCCUCCGCGGUUGCCGCUUCCGCCGCGAGCGUCGUUGCCGAGACCAAGGCCGCGCUUCCACCGGACACCAAGGACGCGGUUGGCAAAGACCUUGACGACGGAGAGCCGCCGCCACCGUACAGCGAGGGAGAUAGUCCGAUCGAAUCGUUUACAUACGUCAUGGCGACUGCGGGUGGGCCAGCGAGUAUAAUCACGCAGGUGCAGCAGCAGUCGGCUGGAGCGCCGUUGAAUACGUUGGGAGGUUCUGAUGAGACGAUUACGCUGGAUUUGAGAGGAACGCGGUUCACAUUGUCCCGAGAUGAAUUACUAACGUUACCGGAAUUUGUCCUUCUCUCCUUGUUCCCCAACGGGCUCCUUCCCGACGGCCACAUGAACUCGUACCACGAUGGAGACGUCUACCCCGUCGAUUACGAUCCCAGUUCCCUGCAGUAUAUGCUAGAUUUCUUCCGGCACGUGGCACAAACUAUUCCCGUCUCGGCGCCUGAUGCGAACGAGCAGUCGCAGGGCCCGAAUGAGGCCGUGCCUAUCGAGCCAAUGCAGGGUUCCGCGAGGGACAUGCUGCAGGAUCGCGCCGGCAUCAUCGUGCUGCAGGAGAAUCUCGACUUCUACGCCAUCCCUCCGAAUCGAGACAUCGAGCAGACCGAGAUGAUCGAGGUCAAGCGCGCCGCCGGGCGUGCGUUGUUGAGGCAAGACGGCAUCUUCUCCGGCUUACGAAAAAGCGAGGAGCCGGGUUCUACGGAACAGCAUUUGAUCGAGAUGUUGACCGCUGGCGGUUUCAACCACGAAGACCGAUGGGGCCACCGGGCCGGCGAACCCAACAAAGCGGUCGUCAGCAGCAUCGCGCUCGCGCGUCUGCGCACCGACAUCCGCGGCAACGACCUCGCAGGCACCAACGCGGUCAACAUGGCGCAGAAGCUGCUCCUGUUCUGGCGGAAGCCGGCGCGACGAUGCUGGUGGGAGGGGGUCGAGCUGGACGACGUCGAAGGUGUGGACGGCCCGCUGAAGGUGUGGAUCCGGAGGGUAUGGACGCUGGAGAUGAGCGUUAUCGGGUUGCGAUAGGCGGAGCGACCGCGUGCGAUUUGAGGAGCGUGGUGAUUUUUCUGUCGUUCGACGGAGCGGCGCGGCUGAGAUGCAUCCAUCUGCGGUUUAUAACAUUGCAUCUCUUUUCCCAUCCGUGAGCGGCCUCCUUACUUAUUACGAAACGAUCGUUUGCUGUCCUUUCGCCCUUCUGGUGUGGUUCGCUUGUGGUUUGCAGCGCGGAUCUUGCUGUCCGACCUUCCGCAUUUGCACGACCUGCCGUGACGUCGCCUACGGUUCGAUACGCAAAUCUAAUCUGAGCAUUUUUUGCGAUCCCGGAGCGCUAACCGGGACUCUUGUGGAGGGAUUCGACUCGCCGAUGUCAAAUCGGGCUUUCUCUCUCUUCUUUUCCUUUC